AUGGAUUCCAGUUCUGGCAUGGCCUCGUUUGGAGCAAACACCACGGAGAAUGUGGAACGGAUAAUUUCGCAAAUUAAGUCGCAGGAAUACACGUACACAAGAUGCACUUUCACAUCUGCGCCUACGAAGAAGGCAGACCUAAAAAAGACAAAGAUCCCUUUUAUUGUUUCUGCGACCAUUCUUCCUUUGCACGAGCAGCCAGCGAAGAGAGUUGAAGCAAUUCCAAGAUGCACAAACUGCAGGGCGUAUUUGAGCAUGUACUGCGAGGUCAUUCCCCCCGGGUACAAGUGGAGGUGUGCUCUCUGCAGAUGCACAAACGACUCGCAGCGGCCCCUCCACUCGUACGGAGGGUCUUUGCGCGUGUUCAGCCCGUCAGAAAACGCAGAAAACAACAAGAGGGUCAGCAACAACCCCGUGCUCACGGAGAGCAUACUCGAGUUUGUCUCGCCCUCAGAGAAGGCCACGCCGCCGGCUGCCUUUAUGGUGUUUAUUGUGGAGUGCACGCCUGAAAGCGUCGAGAAGGGCACGUUCAGCACGGUCCUGCGGCAAAUAGUGGGCGCGCUGGAAUAUCUGAACGAUCCGCACGAGAGAGCCCGCAUGUGCAUUAUGCUGGUUUCGUCGACUGUUGAGAUAGUUCGCCUGUGCGGGGAGACUUUGGAGGUUGACCGAAUCAACGAAGUGGAGGGGGCGCUUCCCAUGAUCUUGGAGGAGGAGUACACAGCGAAGGUGCACGAAAUCAGAGAGCGCCUGCAGGAAAAAGUUGGCCAAAUAGAAGAGUAUAUUCUGGGGGCGCCGCGAGAGCAUGGAAACAACUUUGGCCUGGCCUUGAAAGUUCUGAAGAGAAUGUCUAACCGGCGGGCCGAGGUGUUUGGGUUUCUGGCCACGCCGCCGUCAGUGAAGGCUGGGGCCAUAAAUAAGCCCACGCCUGGGCUGCGGCCAAACAACACGUUUUACGAGAACAUGGCGAUGAGCCUGCUGGAGGAAAACAUUUCGGUAAACCUCUACAUCCUCUCGGCAAAGACGGUUGAGGUGCCCACCCUGAUGCCUCUUGUGGAGAAGACUGGGGGGUACAUUCGAUACUACCCGGCGUUUAUAGGGCAUUACUCGCCCGAUAAAGAGGCGCUCCGGUGGGACCUGAUCCAGCACUUCUCCUUGGACAACGGGAACAACGCGUACUGCAGAGUCCGCGCUUCAAACGAGGUAUCCAUCCGGAAAUACUGGGGAGUGGACGUGCAGAACGACGGGCUGAUCAAGCUGGCCCGGCUCUCUCGGGGGAAAACAAUUUCCUUUGAAAUCGAGUACGACCAGGACCUUGUUUUGGAAGGCCUCACAAUACAGAUAGCCACUAUAUAUACGAACUCGGGCGGAGAGCGGGUUGUGCGCAUUCUCAACUUCUCUGUUGAUUUGGGCCCGGUCUCUAUAGACAUUCUGGGAAUUGUGCACGGGAUAGCCCUGAAGGCGCUUGACGCGGAGAUCGCGCAGAAAGGCCAGGGCAUAAAGACGGCCUUGGCCAUGGGCACCAGCACAAUUGAGUUCGCAGGUAUAGUAGGAGCCAUGGCGGCGUUCCCCAUCUUUAUGCACGCCCUUGUUAAAAACAAAGUGUUCAAGAACGUUUCGCCAGACCUGCGCGGGCUUAUGUAUCUGACUUUUUUGGAGGCGCCUAUGAAGACGGUGGACGCGCUGAUAUACCCUACUCUUGUUAGAAUUGGCAUGGAAGGCUACGAGGGCGCCUCGGACGUGGUUUUGCCCACGCCUGUCAGGCUGUCGUGCAGCAGCAUCACAGCAGACGGCAUAUACUACUUAGACAGCGGUAUAAUUGUCUACAUAUUUAUAGGAAAUAACGUAGAGUGUAAUAUGCUGGCAGAGGUCCAGGGGCGCACGGUCAUCAGCCCAGAAGACAAAGACUCGGAGCCCAUCAGAAACGCCAUGGACUACCUUGUGGACGGAAGAGUGGCGGACCCUGUCACAUACAUAGUCCACCAGGAGGGAUACUCUUUCCUUCUGGAGGGCAUGCAAUCCAUGCUGCUGGACGACGGAGCAUCCCCUGUCUCGUCAAACUACCAGGAGUACUACAACAGAUUCUUGGCGAAGGGAUACAUAAAGUAG